GAAAGCAAUAGCGUUGGUAUUGGCCACGUUCAAUUGGAAGUGAAUGAGACCGAUUGGGAAGACGAAAACAUCUCCAACGUGUAGAGUUUUUGUGAAGAGCUUGGGAGGGUUGGAGGUGACAAACCCGACAUGGAGAGUGCCCUUGACCACCACAAGAAUUUCGGUGGCACGAGGGUGGGUGUGAGGAGGGUUCAGACCACCAUAAGGGGCAUAGUCGAUACGUGCCAAAGAGAUGCCAAGAGUGUUGAGCCC